AUGGCUGAAGAGACCAAGUGCGACUGUCGAAGGCUGACCCUUAGCGACGAUUCGAGCAGCCCUGCCGGCGAACGAGUGCACCCAGCCGUUCGUCAUAGACGUACCCGAGCUUUUUCCGGCAACGAGCAGCAGCCGCUCGAGGCUCUUAUCCAGCAACCGUCGGUUUCAAUUCUGAGCAGCAGCAGCCCUUUUGGGUCCCGGGCGAGAAGAGAAGCGGGUCGAUCCUUUGCCGAGAGCCCUGAACAGCCUGUUUUCCCACGUCCGGUUACCGGGAAGCAGCCCGGGGCUUGUCGACCGGCUCCAGGGGAUGUCCGUCGAGCGAAUCGAGCCCUCUUUUCAAUAGAUGAAGUGCUGGUCAGAAUCCUGUUCCAAUCUGAGGUGGCUGAGAAAAUUCUGGCCAUCAAAACCUUAAAUCCCAAAGCUGAUGAUCUGAGAAGGUGCACUUUUGUUGACAAGGGUCUGUUUUCUGUCAAAUAA